AUGAACUGUGAACCGCAUGUUGCUGCAUUGGUUUGUGCAGAGAACAUUGCUCUCAAUUACUUGCUGCAUGAAGUUCCUGAGCCACCGCAACAAAAGCCCACCGAACGGGCUCGAGGCUCUGAAAAGGAGUACAUACUUUCCUUCUCUAAAGAAAAGGAACUGGUGGAGGUCCUCUCCUUUCUUGCCAAGACUAAAGAUGGGUCGGAUUAUAUUCCUGCCAUGUGUGUCGAGCAGGACCUCAAUGGUGCAGCAUUGAAGGCUCUGCUGGCGAUAAAUAAAAGAUCAUAUACAGAUGGAGAUGGCUUACUUCAAAGUUUGAACACGGGCUUUGAGAACAUUUUUCAAAGCGAGGCAGCUCCACUGGGAUCACGAAACAACUUCUCGAGAUGA